AUGAAUAUACGGACUAUUAUGACAAAGAAAAUGGUUAUUAAUAUGUUGUUGGUGGUGCUUCUUACUUUAUGUCCAAUGGUUUAUGCAGAUGACGGUCCUCCAGAGGAUGGAAUACAGGACAUUUAUGUAACACCGAGUCCUACGACUUGUCAUGAAAAAUGUGGCUGUGAAGAAAUGUACUUCUACGACUCGGCUACCAGCAGAUGUCUAAUCAAUUUUACAAGAGUAUUUAAAAAAGUCGUUACUAAUUAUGAAAAUCUUGAUGGUAAUAAUUUACCUGAUGAUGAAAUGGCAAAACUUCUCUACAUUGAAAGUCAAAAAAUAUUUCAAGGUAUUAUGAUAUCAGUUUUCUUAUUUAUUGUGUGUGCAGCAAUUUGUGUCAUAUCAGCGUGUAUUUAUUGUUGCCGUAUAAAUUACACGGACCGAUCAUUGAAAUCUAAUGUAAAGGCUUUAGCCAAAAAACUGAAUACAGAUUACAAAACGAAGAAGCCAGUAAAACGACCACCUUGCCCACCUGCUUCGCAAAGUUGUAAUGUUGUUGUAGAAGAUGCAGGAGUUUUUGUUGUAUAG